AGUCCACGUUAGAGGCGGGGGCUGCACUGCUUCAAGCACGUGCGCUGUGAAGUUCAACCAGCGGUGUCCUCGGCUAACCUUACCCGAGCCGCGAAUUUAAGGAACGACGGACGUUGCCCGACCCUCUAAUUGUAUGCUGAGAAUACCUUAAAUAAAGCGACAUUGUAAAAGUGUGAAUCGUGUAUUAAAAAACAAAAAAAAGGUCGUGGACAUUUGGCGAUGUUGGCAGCGCUGACGCUGGGCCCGUUGCGCGCGCUCCCCGCGGGGUGGGGCGGCCUCGGAUGGAAGCUCUGCCCGGCUCGGGGCCGCAUCGCCGGGCACGACGGAAGGCCCGUGGCGGUAUCGACGCCCCGACUCGCUUCAACUUCUCCUUAUUCUUCUUGUUGCGCCUUCACCGAGGGUGGUUUGUUUGACAAAGUUACUCUGCAGGCGUCAGGCUGGCGGCCGUGGACCAGACGGGGCUUGUGCAGCAAGGUGAGCGGUGGGUCGGCCACUUCUGCUCAAGGGUGGCUCAUCUACGACGGCAACUUCACCGGCAGAGUCCGAGGAGUGAAGGUGCUAUCUUACUCAUCCAGUGUGAUGAGCCUGGCCAUAGCCCCUACUCUGAUGGCUCAGACUGGACUCGCUGAAGCAGGUACUGCCUUCCAGGCGUUGCUGGGCACGGCAUGGCUCAUCUUCACGUUCAUGACUCCGGCAGCGCUGCACUUUAUCACGCGCUCCUACGUUAGCCGCCUCUACCACAACCCGGAGUGCGAGGAGUACACAGCCGUCACGCUAACCGCGUUUCUGACCGAGCGCCACACCUCCUUCCACCGCGAUGCCGUCGCCGUGCCGGGCGUGGCGCGCAUGUUCACCACCUUCACCGCGGCCGGGCGGCCCUUCCUCGUUGACCCAUCGCAGUUCCGCGACUACCUGGACUUUGCGCACCUAAUGGGCCACGACCAGCCGUUUGUUUUCAAGCAGGAGGAGAGCGUGCACGAUCGAGACGACGACGACGAUGAUGACGUUGUUGCUCCUGAAAAACCGCGGGAUAAGGAGGAGGCCAAGAUGGCACGCAAGGAGUAAAUCACUGCAGGGCAGAGCCAUGGCUCCUCCCUAACCCCCUUGGAGAUCAGAUGUAUUGUGGCAGUCGUUGGAAACAGUAUUGACUAUUGUGCUUCCUUUCAAUGUCACUGGAAUCUGUUUACUGCAGAUUUUGUUGUUUUUCGUCCGCAAAAACAUACGAGGUUUAUUAAUGUGAGUGAAUGUGUCGUGCGAUAUUUGUUUCUGUCUGAGAGAGAUGUGUUGUUGUGGUAUUAAGAUGGUCAAGACACGAUUGAGAAAGGCAAAGGAAAUUGGAUAUUAAUUGACCGUAUGAUUGUAUGUCCUUACAAUCCGGAUAAUUCAGAGGCGGUGUCCCUCAGUUGUAUCCAAUUUCCAAACAAAACCCCAUUAUUUCCAUUAAAAAUCAUGUACAGCUUGUAAUGUUAUUAAUUUUAUGUUUAUAAUAUGUAAAGCAAUAUUACUGGUUAUGAACAUCGCUGAAACCACCUAAAAUCAUAAAGUAAUUCUGUAUUGCACAAUGUAAUGCGAAAGUAGCUACUGAACAAUACAGUACUAAACUGGGACUACCUGAUGUGAUAUUUCUGCACAACUUGGAUAUGCAGCUAAUAAUAACUCAGCAUUGCUUGGCAUGCUGUAACAUUUUUGAACUUCAGAGAGUAGAAUUUUCAUUUUUUUUAAUAUGUGGGAAACAUGGCCACAUUGUUUCAAGAACAUACAAUACCCAACCUAGCAAUGCAUACCAACAGCCACUAUUCACGAAUGGAUAUGGCGUUGAGACUAAUUGUGUUUCCCUCAUCACUUGGAGAGAUGGAAAGCAAGCGGGUCUUGUUGGGUUUAGGGGAAGCCUUCAAAUCGCUGCACAGAACUGCUUAGCCACUCUCCCAGGUGGAUCAUACCACCCUAUGUAGCAGUGAAUGAAGUACCCCAAACGUUUACGAGAAGAUUCAUGUUAUUGCACUUAACAAGUGUGAAUAAAUCUACAAAUUUCCUUAUCACCCAAAA